UAUAGGUACUCAAGAAGUAAAAGUCUUUGUUCUGGUUCUUCCACUGCGGUUUACUCAUUGCCGAAACGAAGUGGGGGAGCGGAUAGCAGGAAAUAUACUAGCUAUGAAAAAUGUUCUUUUUUUCUAUAUUAAGAGAUAUAAUAAGAGAGCAGGUAUAUUUGUUUAAAACAUCAAAAGAAAAACAAUUGAUUAAGAAGUAUUGAACCAAUAUAAAAGACAUUAGAAUUUUUUUAAAUGUGUUUUUGAGGAUGUAAGAGGAAUUUGGUGUGUUUUUAAUAGCGGAUCACAUUAAGUGUGGCUAAAAAUAGACAGAAAUCCCCAGAUCCGUAUAUCAGAUCAAACCGAAAGUAGAUAUAUGUACAUACGUUAUAGAAUGUGAUAAAGACAUCAUUUGAUUGAAUUGUCCACAUAGAAAUUGACAUUUGGUGAGAGAGUUCAUGUAUAUAUCACGUGUUACUAGAGAUGGUUGAUUCAGAGGACGACCAGUUUCAUCCGGGGUACCGCUCCCUCCCAACAGUUCUUGAUGGAAGUAUUAGUUCAUCCACGUCCAGUUCUGUGGCGCUCAUGUUAGAAAAGAGGCGACAUCAAUCUCAGAUGGGGUUUUCUGGAGUCUGGAAAACAGAGAACGUGCUUGACAAUGAAGAAGAAAGAGAAGAGGAGGAAAUUCAGAAUGAGUUGUCACAAUCGGGAAAUGAAUUUGACUUUGGUUUUGAAAAUGAUAUAAUGAAUUCGCAUUCAAUGACUUGGAGCAAGGAAAAUGAUCAGAUAAAUUUUGUUCAUAGCUCAAACUGGUUGAGCAGAUCUGAAUAUCAUAGUGAAGCAGACGAUACAGAAUUACAAAGACUUGAUCUGAAUAAUUUGUUGCUAAACACGAAUCCAAAACCAGGAAAUAUUUCAAUGGAAACUGAUGGCAUGACACUUCAUAACACGGAAGGUUCAGAGAAAAUUUCUUUGGAUUAUAAAUAUCACAGUUUAGAGGAUAGCAAUGUAGGCUGUGAAAAUCCUUCCGCCUUUCUUAAUUCAGAUAUAGCAGACAACGUUGCGAAUUCCAGAACGAAAACGUUAGAAGUCUCGAUCCAUUAUUCUUCGAACCAUCAGAGCACUAUAAGUGAAGAUAAACAAAGUGUAUGUAUAAACAAUCGGCUGGGCAAUAAAAAAGAAUUUGAAAUCAUCAACAUGUCUGAAGCACCGGACACAGUUGACAGAACAAUGAAGGGCGAUAAACCUGUAGAGAUGCAGGACAAAACAGACGAGAGCAAAACAACUAAUGCAAAACAACACGAAGUUGUCAGUAAAAAGUCGUCGGUGAACAAAUGCAAAGAAGAAACCGAAGAACAAAGAGUUUCUGCUUUUGAGGAAACAAAACAAGAACAAACCAGCGAGAGUAACUGUACAUCUGGCAUCACAAACAGCUGGCAACGCAAUCAGUGUUAUCAAGAUAAUAACACAAACACAAAUCGGUCAAACUAUGGUUCAACUUACAACCAAAACACGCGUUAUCCCAAAAAUAAAACAAGGAAAGCUCCGUAUUAUUAUUCUGCAUGGAAUCCGUUCUCCACCACCUUCUUUACGUAUCAUACCCGGAUUCUGGAGGAGUUUGCUAGGGACAAUGACUUCGAAGUGUUCGAUGUACCCGCCGACGGCAAUUGUAUGUUUUGCUCUGUGGAAGACCAGUUGCGGAUUAACGCCCAAUUCGGCGAAACUGCCAAAUCUCUCAGAGAACGUGCCGUGCGGUAUCUACGUAUGAACCCUAUACAGAAAAACGGGGUCCAUUUUAAGGACUUCCUGUCAAGUAAAGAAACAUGGGAGAGCUACCUGACCCGAAUGGAGAGGAAUUCCACAUGGGGUGACCAUCUGACGCUCCAAGCUCUGAGUGAAGUUACAAGGAAUACCAUUGUAGUGUUAAAUCUUUCUCAGGAGGAUAUUCGUCGAACAGAAAUUGUCCCAAGUGAUCCGGAUAAAUCACAUGCGUCAUUAUUUCUCGGUCAUAUUGGUGAAUACCAUUAUCUUAGUCUGAGGCCCAAAAACUGGGGGAGGAUAUGGCCAGGACUUGCACAACUUUAUAAAGAAAAAAUGAGCAGUCAUCAAAUUCUGAGCAAAUAUAUAGAGUCAAAGCUAGACUUAUUGGAACUUAGAAAAAAAAUAGCGGACUAUGAAAAAGUAGUGACGGAGAACAAAAAAGUCAUAUCUUUCCUAACUAACCAUGGUGAAGUGAACAAAACGGAUUCCAGCGUGGUCGAUCAUGAAGUUGAGGUCAGGGUACCACAUACACCCACAAAGCCCGAGAGCUGGGAGGAGGAAGAAAGUUUCCUAACUGAAAAAUUGGCAAAAGUGCAUAAACUUAGAGAUGAAAUUCCCAAGUGCUUCAAAUACAGAGGGUGGAUUACAAACCAAGAAGAAGAGUCUCUCUAUCGGUUGGCUGCAGAUCCACUGUAUACAGAUCCGGAAUCGGGAGUUCCCACCCCUCAUCUGUCUUUCAUAUUGCAGUGCUGGAUUCAAAGCAGUAUACAACUGCCUGUCCCUCGGGUUCUUGGGAUUACAACUGUCCCGAAAAAUUGCGUGGUCGAGUACGCUGGGAGUGCUUGUGAUGAGAGCAAUGCUGUUAUUGUCACCCAAACAGACGGAAUGUCUACUAACGUCACAACUUCGAGCACUCCGAUGAAGAUUAUAAUUCGGUCAGAUAUUGUUGUUCAGUUUAAAGCAAACGAAGAGAAAAAAGAGAAUGAAAUCUUUGUGGAUGAGAGUCAAACUCAUCCUGGUUAUUGUAGACUUCGGCCGAGCGUCGAAAAUAAUGUUUUUUGGGGAAGCCAACUCUUCUUCCUGGAAAAUAACUGCUUUAUCAGAGAGAGUAAUUUUGCUGAGAUGGGUAUAUUGCGUGAAUACCAAGGUUUUCAAAGUCAUGAAUGGAUUCCGUCGAAAACUGACUGGGUGUCUCGCGCUCGCCCAUCCGGGUGGCCGUCUGAAGAACUGAAAGAAAAAAUACAGAAAGCAGGUGUACUCUUUGUACAGCGUUCUCAUGCAUCAAGCCAACUGCAAUCUGUUGAGUGGCAAAUGAUUUUUUCGAGAGCUGAAAAAGAAAUAUUUCUGAGCGUUUUGUCUUCUAAUCAGAAGAACUGCUACAACAUCUUUAAAGUACUGGUUGAUCAUCAAACGUCGUUAUGCCAGGCAUAUCUCGCUCCGACACAUCUAAAGGCGGUGUUUCUUCGCGCUAUGGAGGUCAUUCCUUUAAACAGCUGGGACAAGAACGUGGGAGGAUGUGUUCUUUAUCUGAUACAUAUGCUGUCUCGUUUCCUAGAGAGCGAAACUAUCCCACAUUAUUUCAUAUCCGAGAAUAACAUUAUUGACCACAUUCCCUCAAAAGCAAUCCAGGAAUUGAAACUACAAGUGAAUGCGAUAAAACACUUUCCUAUCGAAGUCAUACAGUUUGGUAUCGAGAGACAUAAGCUCUGCGAUAGCUUUCUUGCAAACGUUAUUGCAGAUAUUGAUAGAUAUAAUACAACUCAAGGUAUAUCUUGGACAGUCCAACACAUUUUUGUUUAUACUUUAAAUAGGUGGGCCAAAUCUGAUGGUGAAGUUUUUAACUUCAACAAAGCUUUCGACAAAAUUCUCAAAGCAUAUGGAAUUUAUCAGGAUAUGCUUGCAAUCACCAACGACACAGACGGUCAAACAUUUGAGGAAUUCGCGUUGUCGGCCCUGGACAUUUGGUCAGAAGUGAAAAGAUUUAAAAUGAUUAAGAUGAUCGAAGAAAAAUGCAACACAAAGUUGAGUACAGAAAGCCAAUCAGAAAGCCCUGUUUAUGUUAAAAGUCUUUUAGGAAACGAAAUUGAAUCAGACUUUUGCGAUAUGCCGAUUCCCACAUAUGCUGUUGGGAACAAAGGAGACCAAGCUAAAUUGUUGGAAGAAAUCGCAGUAGUUAGCUAUUUCUUGAAGAACAACGAGGAGGCCUUAGCUUUCAUUAAAGAAUCUAUUUUAUUACUCAAGAAGGCUUUGUUAGAAGACAUUUUGGAUGUGAGUGAAGUGGAGGAUGUUGUCCUUAAAAGGGAGAUAGGCCAGAAAAAUGUUAAACUUACGACGAAAUGGAACAAUCAACUUGCAUCGUGUUACGAAAAACUAAGUACUUGCUGUGUGGUCGCACAGAGGCAGGACGUGAUGCUAGAGUAUAUGCCUGAAAUAGAGUCGCUGGCAGAGCGUCUUCCAAGUAUGGUGGAUUUUGUCGACAAAACAUGGAAUAUUCUUGGUCAAGCAGAAAAAGGGAAGCAAUUCAAGAAAGAACACAGUGGAUUCCAGAAAAAUUACUGGAAUCAAAACGAUUACAAUGAAUUAGAUUAAAAUUCUGAAAUCUUUAAAACGGAAACACAAGAUAUUUUUAACGCAUCGUGGGUGCUAAAGUUUGCUACAGGAAGAAGAAUGCAUCGAUGGAUCCUGUUAUUACAUUUAGUUCCUAAUACACUUUAAGGAGAUUUUCAAAUAAAUUUUAACGGUUCAUUCCUGACUUUCUUUCCUGUUAAAAAUAGAAAUAUUGGGUGUAAAAGAAAAGUGGAAGAUGUUCAUUAAGACAUCUUUCUUUACUGGUGAUUUUAAAGCAAACUGAUAUAAUGAUUGAGCUUUUGUAGAUAAAAAUUGUAUGUAUUUAAGACUUGUAAUUUUUAUUAAACUAUUUUUCUUUGU